AUGAGUAUACCCAACGAAUACAUUGCGAAAACGGAAGAUGUGGCGGAACAGGUGAUCAAGCGUGGCAAGAAUGUGCUGCCCACAGUGGCCCGACUAUGCCUCAUUGCCACCUUCUUUGAGGAUGGCCUGCGCAUGUACUUCCAAUGGAACGAGCAACGUGAAUACAUGGACAUGAGCUGGGGCUGCGGUAAAUUUCUGGCCACCGUUUUUGUCUUGACUAACUUGAUUGGACAGCUGGGCGGCUGUGGUAUGGUUAUGGCUAGAUUCAAGGUUGACAUCGCAGUGGGCCUGCUUUUCUUCAUCGUAGUGCUGCAGACAAUAGCCUACUCCAUACUAUGGGACUUCCAGUUUUUGCUACGUAACUUUGCCUUAAUAGGCGCACUGCUUCUCGUGCUUGCCGAGGCCAGAAUCGAGGGACGCAGUUUAUUUGCUGGCGUGCCAACGAUGGGUGACAACAAGCCCAAGAACUUCAUGCAGCUGGCUGGACGCAUUCUGUUGGCUUUCAUGUUCAUCACGCUCAUCCGUUUCGAGUUGAGCGUAUGGAACGUCAUCCAGGAUUUAAUUGGCUCCAUCCUGAUGGUACUAGUUGUGCUGGGCUAUAAAACCAAGUUGUCGGCGUUAAUUCUCGUUGCCUUGCUGACAGUGCUGAAUUUGUACCACAACGCAUGGUGGACUAUUCCGUCAUACAAGCCACUGCGAGAUUUCCUAAAAUAUGACUUUUUCCAGACUUUAUCGGUCAUUGGAGGAUUGCUUAUGAUAGUGUCUUUGGGUCCAGGUGGUGUCUCUAUGGAUGAGCAUAAGAAGAAGUGGUAGUGCGUACAGCAAUCGCGUGCAACACAAUUAAUUGACUUUUAUUACGAUUUACUCUUAUUGAGGAUUUUUAGUUAGAAUUACCAUAAAAUGGCAGAACAGGAGCAACAACAGCACAACGCAUAAUAUAAAUCUUGACUUAUUGAUAAACAAAAGCAAACAAUUUUUAGGGACUUCCGCAAUAUCCAGGCUUAAUCAUUAUGAGCCCACCAACAAACAUUCGCGCACGUUCAACGACAAAACUUCAUAAAUAGUACAUACAUAUAAGACAUUUCGUUUGUACAUAAAAUAUAUGGCUAUUUAAUGCGCCAAAAUGAGAGACAUUAACUGAUUUUAUGUCCAUUAAUUGUCUAAUACCCUACGCUCUACAUACAUACAUUUAUACAUGGAUAUUUUUUGUGUUUUUGCAAUUUUUUAUUUUAUAUACUUUACGUCCUUGGCCUAAGUUGUAUCAUUCUGUGUUUGCGUUUGUUGUUUGAUAGAGGUUCGACUAUGAUAACAAUGUAUAAAAUAUGAUGAUUGUACCAAUUGACGAUGAUUUGUUUCUUUCGUUUUUAAGAAAAAGUGUAAUAGAAUUAAAUUGUAAAGUUUUAAUAA